CAAGAUUUAACAGUCAACAGGUAUCUUGAAGAUACAUUCGGCCCAGACCAAACAUUCGUUGAGAACAUUACGAGGCGUUAAGACGUUUUAGCGGUGAUCGCGAGAGAAAACAACGAUUCGUCCGUUACGGGUGUGCGUUACAACACCGCUUGUAGAGUAGAUUUUUUGUGGCUGUCGUUGUGUGUGUGUUUUCCCCGUCCAAGAACAAUAAAAGCAAAACAAACAACAAACAAAAGUGGCCGAAGAAGAAGUUGACGAAGAAAAAAAUAAAUAAAAUAAAAAGAAUUAGACCACCCCAAAAUAAUAACCAGAAACCAGCACAACUUCAAGAGAAUUAAUUUUCGGCUUUUCAUUUUUUUCUAAUGUUUGACAAUAAACGACACGAAAAUUUAAAGUGAAUUUGUCCGAAUUUCAGUUACGCAGCCAUCUAAACUAAAAACAAAAAACACAGGUCCCACAAAUGACCAGCAAAUGGAUGUGGUGGUCGUCUGACCACAUUUUUACGGUUAUGAGAUUGUUGUUGCGGCUCAACAUUCUGCUGUUGGUGUUUUCUGUGCCAUGGACAAAUUGCCAGUUCUUAAAUCAACCGCCACGUUUUGUACCCGGCUCCGGCGACAUGUCCAGAUUUAGUCUAUCGGAAAAUUCACCUGUUGGCAGUCCAGUUUAUCAAUUGAGAGGUAUUGAUCCGGAAGGUAGCCGCCUGAAAUACAGUAUCUCAGGUCCAGUUUUUUCUGUCGAUCGUGAUACGGGUGUGGUGCGAUUACGUCAGGAACUGGAUCGUGAAUCACAAGACACCAUUGAGGUCAUCAUCAGUAUAACCGAUGAAGGUGUCUACAAUACCGAACCGAAUACGGUGUCACUGCGCAGGGUAAUACCUGUGCGGGACUACAAUGACAAUCAGCCAACGUUUGUGGGACGUCCUUAUUUGGCCAGUGUUAGUGAGGAUUUGGCGGUGGGCUCCGAGCUGGAAAUUGAGCCGAAAAUUAUUGUUAUUGAUCGGGAUAUUGGCGUCAAUGCGGAAUUGGAGGUCAAAUGUGUGGAAGAAAAUGAUAUAUGUGACACCUUUGAUGUCCAGGCUGAGAAAAAUUCCGAUGGUAAUUACACAGCCCGAGUAGUGGUCAAACAGCCCCUGGACUAUGAAAGUCGCCCGAAUUAUAUCAUGACAAUAUCGGCCACAGAUGGUGCGGUGGAAAAUCGCCUUUCCUCUGAGGCCACUGUUUCCAUAACUGUGCUCGACAUCCAAGAUCAAUUGCCGAUUUUCACAAAUGCCCCCUACUCGGCAACCAUAGAUGAGAACACACCGGCUGGAGUUAGCGUUUUAACCAUAAAAGCCAUUGACGGCGAUGUCGGGAUACCCAGAGAUAUUUUACUCACCCUAGAGGAUGAUGAGAUGGGCCAUUUUGAUUUGAUGCCUUUUGGGGAUCCCAAGGAAGGUACUGCCAUAUUGAAGACCACAGGUCUACCAUUGGAUCGUGAAAAUCCCGAAAUUUUGCAAAAUGGAGGAGUCUAUGUACUGAGUGUAAGAGCCACGGAAUUGGUGGACGGAAAUCCCACGGAUGACUUCUCCACGACCCAAAUUACCAUUGUGGUCAAUGAUGUGGAUGAUCAUAUUCCAGAAUUCAAUGGUGAUACCUUUAAUAUUUCAAUUGCCGAAAAUCUUGGAAAUGGUAUGCCAUUGCCGGGCUUAACGGUCAUUGUCGAUGAUCGGGACAUGGGCAACAACAGCCGUUAUUCGUUGAUUUUGAAAAAUGUCAAGAAUGCCGAAAAUACCUUUGCUGUCAGUCCCACUGAAGCCCAGGGGCGGACGCCGAUUGUGGUGAAAGUAACAAAUUCUUCGCGACUUGAUUACGAUGUCCUGGAUGAGGAAUUACGAGAAUUCUCCUUUGAUAUUUUGGCGCUGGUAAAUGGUGAAGAGAAGUCCAAGGCCCGCAUAAAUGUCCAGCUAACAGAUGUCAAUGACAAUCCGCCAAUAUUUGAACAGAACAGUUAUCGCUUUUUGGCUGCGGAAAAUCUAACCGAGGGCACCCAAAUUGGUGUAGUUCGUGCCACAGACAAGGAUUCUGAUGGAUAUGGUUUAAUUACCUAUUACCUCAAGGGCUUUGGGGCCGAGUAUUUCUACACCGAUCCCCUUACCGGAGGAUUUUACGUCAAAAAACCUUUGGACUAUGAAAAACAAAAUAGCUACAGCUUAUCUGUGGUGGCCGAAGAUGGUGGUGGCAGGGAAGCAAAUGCCCAGGUCUAUGUUGAGGUCAUUGAUGUCAAUGACAAUUAUCCACAGUUUGAACAGACGGAAUAUUCACGAACCAUACGCGAGGGCACCAGUCACUUUGAACCUCAGUUCUAUCUGAGGGCCACCGAUUCCGAUGGACCCACCCAGGGUGGUGGUAAAAUUCGUUAUGCCAUUGUUUCGGAGAACAGCAUUUCGGGAAAUGUAUUCAGCAUAAAUGAGGAAACGGGUGAAAUCGUUUUGCAAAAAACUGCCCGUUCCAUGGACACGGAAAAGGGUGAAUAUGAAUUGGUUGUGUCGGCAACAGAUUUUGGUGUGCCACCAUUGAUGAACACCACGAAGGUGUUUGUAAGAGUGGGUAUUUCUGGAAAUCAACGGCCUAUAUUUAAGGGUCACUUUCAGAAUAUAGAAAAUGUACCGGUGUUGGGGCCGCCAAGCUAUCGUGUCUCGAUACCUGAAAAUGCUCCAGCUGGACAUAAUGUGACCAUGGUCAAGGCCCACGAUCCCGAUGGCUUAGAUAGUUUGCUGCGUUAUCGCAUUGUCGGAGCCAAUGAUAAUUUUGAAAUUGAUGAAAUAACUGGCCUCAUCACGGUAUCCCCUCAGGCCCGCUUGGAUCGUGAUUCAAAUAUGGAUAGUUUUGAAAUCACAGUAAAUGCCGUUGAUUCGGGACUACCCAUUCCAGAGACGGCUACAACCACGGUGUAUGUCAAUGUCAAGGAUAUCAAUGAUGAGAAACCGAAAUUCGAACAACAUAGCUAUGUUGCCUAUGUUUCGGAACGUACCGAAAUUGGCGAAACGGUUCUCAAAGUUCGUGCCAUCGACAAAGAUCUCAAUUCCAAAUUGAACUACACCAUUAAAUCGCCCGUGAAGGCAACAUCCAAGGCUGGCGUUAGCAUCACCAAUCGCAGCAAAUACAAUGUGGAAGAAGCUUUUCGAAUUGACCCUGUCAAGGGUGUUAUUUAUGUCAAUGGGAAGCUGAGUCACGAUGAGGCGGCUGUGAUAAUUUUACCCAUUGAGGUAAAAGACCUCAAUGCCGAAGUGGAUCCAGAGGGUCAAAUCGAUACCACAGAGGUGACAAUUUAUGUGCAAUCCUUUAAGGACACCAAUCCCGUAUUCACCAACAAAGGCUGGUCCAGUUCCAAGCCGAUUGUGCACAUCAACAUAAUGGAAGAAAUGCCCAUUGAUAGCACCCUCUUUACCCUGCAAGCCAAUGACCCAGUAACGAAGUUACCCAUUUUAAGUUUUGAAUUGGUGGAACCCAAAGAAUUGGAAUAUUUCCAUUUGCACGAACAUUCCGGUGAAGUGAGUCUACGUAAACGCCUAGACUAUGAAGCCCUACAGGAGGGACAAACCCAAUUCGAGUUCCAAGUCAAGGCCAAUGCUCCCGAUUUACAGCGCAGCACUGUAACCUUGGUCAAUGUCACCGUGCAAAAUGUCAACGACAAUAGUCCCAUAUUUGAGGAAGAGUCCUAUCACACUUCCAUUGUCGAGAACAAACAACAUCCCACAAAGGUUAUACAAGUCAAGGCCACGGACAAGGAUGCCGCUUUGACGGAACGUGAUGAACGUUUGGGUUAUCACAAAAUAUCCUAUUCACUGUAUGGAGAGAAUUCUCAUUUAUUUGAAAUCAACUCGCAGACGGGAGAAAUCAUCAUCGCUCCGAAUCAAACUGUGGAUCGGGAACGUACACCGCGCAUAAAACUGCAAGUAAAGGCGGAGGACUCACCCGGUCGUCCCACAGAUUCGAAACAAAGUUUGGUGGAUCUCACCAUCGAUGUGUUGGAUGUCAAUGAUAAUGCUCCCGUGUGGAGUUUGGAGGAAUAUACCACCGUUAUACCGGAAAAUGCUCCAACCGAUACAUUUGUCAUUAAACUGCUGGCCACCGAUUUAGAUGAUGGACCCGGAGGUGAAGUCCAUUAUGAAAUUAUCGAUGAAGGUGAAGUAAAUGGCUAUUUUAAAAUCAACAAAAUGACUGGAGAAAUUAAAACGAAAAGGGAGCUGACAGGCAAAGGUCGCUCAGAACCUUUUCAGAUUCGUGUACGAGCCGAAGAUAAUGGCGAUCAAUUGCCGAAACAGAAAUCGUUGAGCAGUGAUGUGAGGGUGGUGAUUUUCAUCGGUGAUGUUAGUGCCAACGAUGGUAUACCCUAUUUUGUAGAACCCGAAAUUGGUCAAAUGGUCAAUGUGACGGAGAAUUUACCAGCUGGCACGGUUGUCUUCCAAGUACGUGCAACAGAUCCCGAUGACCCAAAUACACCAUCCGGCACCUUAUUCUAUCGGAUAUUGGAUGACACCUCAGACGCUGAAUCAUUUAAUAUUGAUGAAACUUCAGGUUUGAUUACAACCACUGAAGUGUUGGAUCGUGAAUCGAAGGAUAUGUAUAAUAUAAUACUUGAGGUCUACGACAAUGGACAACCAAGACAAUCGGCAACCAGGGUGCUGCAGGUUAAGGUAUUAGAUGUUGAUGAUCACAAGCCGAGAUUUGUAAGGGAAAUUGAUGAAGGACCCUUGGAGUUGAUGCUGCUGGAGGAGGAACCGAAGGACACUAUUGUGGGCAACUUCACAGCCGUGGAUGAGGAUAUUGGGGAAAAUGCAGCAAUUGAAUACAUUAUUACCGAGGGCAAUGAGUUGAAUAUUUUCACCGUCCAAAGGACGGAGGACAACAUGGCCAUCCUAAAGACAAAUCAACCGGUGGAUCGUGAAGCCUAUGAAAGUUUCACGCUGACCAUUAAAUGUCUUAAACUGGGCGAACCUGAUUCCGUGUAUUUGGGUGAAACCUAUGAUCGUUUCGAUCUCUCACAACGACAAGUGAUGAUCAAAAUCCUGGAUAUCGAUGAUAAUUUGCCACAAUUCGAACACAAUGAUAUGUCGGUGGGUAUACGAAUCAAUGUUCCGGUGGAUAGUAAAAUCACCACCGUACAUGCCACAGAUUUGGAUGCCGAGGCGCGGCCCAUUCAAUUGACCAUUGAAAAUGUAACAUUUGUACCACAAUUCUACAAGAGGACGAAACAAAUUGAGACCACAUCACUGAACAGUUUAUUCAGUCUCAACAAUCGAACGGGAGAGUUACGGACAAGUGGUUCCUUUGCCGAUUAUGUUGAUGGUUAUUUCAAUAUGCGCAUAAGAGCCAAUAAUUCGGAGAAAUUGAAACGUCACACCUUCAACAAUUUGAAAAUAUUUGUAAUACGUGAUAAGUCCCUGCUGAAAUUCGUCUUCACCCGGCCACCCAGCGAGAUACAGAAUAUCAUCAAGCCAUUCCAAGAAAUGGUAAAGGAAAAACUGAAACCCCUUGGUUUGGAUUUACAUCUACUGGACACCCAGGUGUUGGCUCGAGCCGAUUUGAGUUUGGAUUUCUCAGCCAGUAGUUCAUGUUUCCAGCUCUUCAAGAAUGGAUCGGCCGUCUCAAUGAUGGAAAUGCAAAAACUAAUGGAUUCACCCUGGCUUAAGAGGGAACUAUUCGAUAUAUAUGUAGAAUAUGGAGUUAGUGAGGUAGAACCCUGUUCGGUGCGCAAGCCCAUUGCUGCGGCCAGCUAUAUGUCGGCGCCGGGUACAUGGUUGGUGAUAAUUGCUGGCUUCAUUGGUUUGGCGGCCAUUAUAACGGCAUGCACGGCCUGUUGUCUGAGGAGGAAAUACAAAAUCCACUCGAAACGCAGCCUACAGCAAGCCACACUUUCCACCACCGAAACCUAUGGGGUAGUUGGUGUACCCACAGUCUAUUUACCCUAUUCCGAACCAAUUUAUGGUCCAUUGUAGCAUCCAGUCAUGUGGCAUAGUUUUAGUUAAAUAUAGCAAACUCAAAUAAGCUCUAGUUGUUUAAGAUCCAUUUUUUAGCCACCCCUAGCAUCCCUUGAAAAUGCCUCCAUUCAAUUCACAUUCUUUGUGUUUUGAAUUUUGGCAAUUUUUCAAAAAAAACGAAAAAAUAGCCAUAAAGACUGCGCAUAUUAUUUCAAGCAACUCAAUUUAGUUAUAUAAUAUGCCUGUGAUUUUUCUUUGUAAUUUACAUUUACACGAUAUGUAAUACGAACUCUACACAUACAUAGCAAUUAUUUAUGUAUUGGUAUGUUCUUCACUUAGUUUUAAUUUUAAGUUUAAAGACGACAUCUUCUUUUCUUUACUUUCUGAAAUGUGAUUCAUAAGAGGUUUUAAGCUUCAUCCCUUUAUUUUAUUUUUCUAUAAAUAAUUUAAAAAUAAUUACUAUUUUUUUAGACAACGAAAUCAUCAUCUUCAUCAUGUUCAAACAUGUCAAAUAGUCUUUAGUUGUAAAAAUGUUUGUGUAAUGAGAGUAGAUUUAAAUAAUUUUUACUUUUUUGUAAUUAAAAAAA